AUGGCUUCUGUGAAGUAUCCUCAACAAAACCAGCUGCAGCAAGAUCUGGGCUUUGAAGAUUUCCAGUGCUUGAACCCCAGUUCAGCAGAGGAUUUCACAGUCACCGAGAAGACGAACUUCUCCACAGUCAUGCAAAACAAGGGGUAUUUAUUCCUGGUGUUCCUGAAGCGAUCCAGGCGCGAACGGAGGCAGAGGAGCCCGGCGGCGGUGUAG